AAAAAUGAGCAACGUGUGCUACAGUGAUGCCUCUUUAGGGGGUAUGCCCACGCACGGCGCGCCUUUCACGUUUAAGGAAAUUUAAAGGGAGCUCGCCUUUUCCCCGGGCAGCAACGUUCGCGGUGUGGCAAUUCUCGCAGCGCCGCUGGAAGGCAUGCCCAAUAGCCCACCACAGAUGAAACCUUUGCAAACAAAAUGAACCAUCGGGGGACGGACGUAAAGGAAGGACUCGCCAGCUACAUGAAGAAGUGAUUUGCCAGAAGUGUCAUAGUGCGGUCAUACAAGAGAGAUUUCUUUCGAAGCGCCUCCCUCGAGUGGGUUCCCCCCCACAUGCACGUAUGUUCCUAUGUGCGUAUGUACAAUUGGGAAGGUAUGUGUGCGCCCCCUCGAAUGGACUUCCUCCCCACCGGACGAAUCGCCCACGAAGCGCUGCGUCGAAUUUUUUUCCACCACGAAGGAGGUACCUUUUGCGCCAGUUGGACUCACCGCGUGGUACCCCUUCCGAAGAAGAAGACGCUGCAGCACUGCACCACAGAAUUGCAACGCGUGCUAUCAGACGCAACGCAACGUUGGAAGACCAAGCGAGGGAGAACUGCGCAAACCAGACGAGCCACCUUUUGCCUCACCAAUUUGACGAACCCCCAAAAGUAAAAUGGUUGCUUCCACCAACUUAAACAUCGAGUUAGAACCCUACCAAACGGUCCUAAAAAGAAAAUACAUCCCCUACCUGCUGUUCCUCUUUCAUACAUUUGCAUUUGUGAGCGUCAUUUUUUUAAUCGACCAUUUAUGUGAACGUAGGAACAAAAGAAGCUUGAGGGUUGGCCUUCUACUGUGUGUAAUAACGUCAGUCAGUGUGGGGUUGGCCCUGUAUGUCCUUUUGCUUUAUUUUAAUGUGUGUUUGUAGGGUGGAGAGAAAAAAAAAAAAACGCUCCUCAGUGCGGUGGAGUGGACGUAGCUUCUUCCACUCGUUGCAGUUUGUCAUGCUUCCAGGGGAAUCUCUUCACUUCUUUUUUUUUUUUUUUUUUUUCCUUUUUUCGCCUGCUUACCCACCC